AUGCCUCCAUACACUGCCGGCUCGGCGCACCUCGAUGCUCCAGAGUCGACCUCUGGCGUGGCUUCGGCCGCGAAGUCUGAAGAGGGUCGCGUCAUUGACGCGACCACUAUCAUUCAGCGCCAGAUCAACUUGGAUGCCGAGGCCUCGUCUGACCAAACCUCUCUUCCCGGACCUUCAGUCCUUGACCCCUUCGUCGAGGGCUUCAACAAGCGCAGACGCGUUGUGCACGAGACAACUCUGCAGCGCCUACCCCAGCAGCCUAGCAGUCACACCGGUUUUGGUAGUGAUUCUGUCAGAGCCUUGUUCAACUCUGAACCUUCUGUAGUCACAAGUGGUCAAGUUCAGCCCAACAGAAGCGCAAGCAUGUCCGUGUCAUCCAUGGCCAUGAGCGGCGGUCCUGGUUUCUCCCACGAUCUUACCGGCCUUUCUGACCCUCGCGAGUCUGUCCACCAGACCGGUCCUCUCAACGCACUGUCUGCUUCUUCCAGUGUCGCCAACAACACCGGCAAGCUUGCCGACUUCGAUCAUACCCAGACUCCUGGAAACAUGUCCUGUGGCAGCAAGCUCUCAAGUAUGCCGUUCGCUCCUCAGGCUACGGGCUUCAUGAUUCCUGGCCUCGGCGCUCUGUUCAAGCCUCUCGAUCUUGCUAGCAGCAAGAAGGCUUCGGUCUCUCUUCCCUUCAAGACAAGUGCCUCUGUGCUUGAAUCUCAGUCCCACAAUGGUGGUAUUGCCCCAGACGUCUCGGGUUUCACUCAGCAGACUGCCUCAGCCACUACCAACAAUUCUGUUGCCCAGAUGCAGCAAAAUGCCGGUGGUGAAACUGCUCAUCAGCACAAUGCCUUCGACAUGAGCCCAUCCAAGCAAGACUCAAGCGUCAUGGCUGCCGCCACUCAGGUCGAGAAGUCUGUGGCCCAUGGUUCUGCCUCAUCUGAUACUCCCGUUACUCCCAAGAAAUCGCAGGUCACCACCUCUCCUUCUGGUGCCAUCAAGGAGUCAGACUAUGUCCGCCCUUCUGGAUCUCCUCAUGUCUGGAUCGAGAAGCAGACAGCUCGCACUUUCAAGCCUCUUCGUGCUCAGAACAACCACCGCUCUUUCGAAACCUUUAAUGGAGCGCACUCAAUUCUCAGCGGAAUGAAUCCCGACCACUACUGCAUGCCCUACGGUCUAACCUUGUCAAAGUCGCAAGUGGUUGCUAUCAAGUGCCCCAACCUUGACGACAUUCUCAUGUCUCACCAGACCGGAUUCUGGGCCACCAACCAGAAUGUCAUGUCACGCAUCAUGGAUCUUCACAACAGUCGUGAGGACCCAUCCAUGAAGACACUGUUCCUCUGGUCGAUUCCCGGCAGCAAGCAUUUUUGCGGUCUUUCUGAGCUUCAGGCCUUCAACCCCAACAUCAAGACCGAUUUCUGGGACAAGGAGACUGGCAAGUGGACCAAACUUCAAGGCUCUAUGAUGAUCCAAUGGAUCCACUGCAAGUUGGUCGCCUACGAUGAGGUCAUCCCACUCGUGGAGGGUAAGAUCGACCAGGGAUCCAUCACUCAGAUGUGGAACGGCAUGUACUACACCGAAGCAACUGGUCGUGAAGUCGUCAAGGCCUAUGUCGAGGCACCCCACGUCGAGAACCUGCUUGCCGCUCCUACCACAGAGUUCUUCCGUCGCGCUAUGGAGAACAGCAAGAUUGCCACAGUCCCUCCCAUGGGCCCCAAAUUCUUCGGUCGUGGCGGUAACCGCGGUCGUGGUACCUACAGAUCCGGCCGCAGAGGAGCCUUCGAGAACGGCAAGCCUGACAGCAGAGCCCAGCCUGCAUCGGUGCCAGGCUCAGCCUCUAAGCAGGAGCGUAACGAGUACAGUUCCAGUCUUCAGAUCACCGCUACAGCGCCCGAGCACUUCCGCGACCGUGGCAAGCCUGAACUCAAGAUGAUGCCUGUCCUCCACUACGCCGAUGGCACCAUGACCACUGCACCAGACCUGAACGGAAAUAUUAUUCCCGUCACUGACUGUGGAACUCUUACUGGCAUGCAGACCUCUCGCGCCGAGAGAUCCAACUCUCUGACUCAGGCUCAGGCCCAGAGCUCUCGUGCCGUAAGAUCGAACUCUGUGGUUCAAGCUCAAAAUGUCCACAGCGUUCAGGGCUCUCAUGCCGAGCCCUUCAACUCGCUGGCUCAGAUGCAUGGUUCCCGCGUCGAAGAGUCCGACUCUCUGGCUCAAACCAAGAGCGGCUACACCUUGCAGAGCUCCAACCAGCCUCCUGUGCUGAUCCCGUCUGCCACUGUUGGCACCAGCGUUGAUGCCGGUGCGCCUAUCAUCCAGCACAAGUCUGGUUCAAUCUUCAACGAUGCCACCUACAGAAACUCUUUCGAGAUGGCCGCUCCUCCUAAGCCUUCUACUGCUGCUCAGCAUGCUUCUGCAUCUAACGUGGCACACCACGGUUUCAGCACUCCUCGAACCAUGCGCACCACCGACCGCUUUGUCAACAAUGUCGAUACCUGGUCGUACAGCAGCUCAACUCCCACUCAGGCCAUUCAGCCCAAGACGCCUGUCAGCCAGUCACGCAGUUCGUAUGAGCUGUCUACCAGCCCCUUGGACACUUCGUCCUACGGUAGAUCCACUCCUCACGGCGUUCUCCUCGCCAUCACGCCUAGCCGUAUUGGUUCCCGCGGCAAGGCCACUACCUAUGGCUUUGGCCAGGUCCCCGAGAAGCUUCGCACCCCUGACAGCAGUCCUUUGGCCGCCAGAAUCCAGCUUGCUCAGCAGUCGGACACUCCUCGCUCAGCCUUCAGACUUGGUCAGGCUGAUGAGGGCCAGGAAGAGAACAAGCUCAAGCCCAACUGGGUCUCGAUGCUUGUCGACAACGAGUAA